GAGCCGUACGCGCGUGGCGUGGGUUACCGUCACCCGCUGUACCGUACUGCAUUGCUAGCUCCCUGUGUUCAAUUUUUGUCCGUCAUUCAUGGUGUACGUAUUUUACAAAAUAUCAAUACAUGUAUCCUGCAUGAUCAGGAGUAAUUGCAGAAUACUACUCCUUGUUCUGUUCUCACACAUUUAUCCUGAGCUGAAGAUCGCAGACCCAGGGAACCUUUUCCUACACUUGCAGUUGGACGUCAUACAUGAUGUAUUAGGCUAACAUCAGAACCAUGGUGAUAUUUCCAUGCUUUUUACGUAGGACUCUUGUAACGAAGGCAGGAAGAUGGAGGAGCCGAUUCAUUGAUCAAGUCAGGAUCUAUGUCAAGGGUGGAGGUGGGGGGCAGGGUUAUCCCUCCCAUGGUGGGGUGGGAGGCAGGGGUGGGGACAUCUAUGUCAAGGCAAGUAAGGAGGCUACCAUGAGAGAUUUUAAAACCAAGAAACGCUAUUCUGCUGGAACAGGGGAGAACAGUAGGAUUCGAGCCCUGCAGGGAUCAAAGGGAAGUGACGUCACCAUUAAAGUCCCUCUUGGAAUCUGUGUCACUACAGAUGAAGGGCACAAUCUGGGAGAUCUUGAUCAACAGGGGCAAGAAGCUUUAGUUGCAAAAGGGGGACGAGGAGGUUGCCAUAGCAACAAUUGGUCUGGAGAGAAGGGGCAGCGCCGCAACAUCAAACUGAUUCUCAAACUCAUUGCCGACGUCGGACUCGUUGGUUUUCCUAAUGCAGGCAAGUCAACACUGCUGAAAGCCUUAUCCAGAAGCCAACCAAAGAUCGCUGAUUAUCCAUUCACAACCAUCCGACCACAAGUAGGAAUCAUUGGAUAUCCAGAUCAGAGACAGAUAAGUUUGGCUGACUUGCCUGGGCUGAUAGAGGGAGCUCACAUGAACUAUGGCAUGGGCCACAAAUUCCUGCGCCAUGUGGAGAGAACCAAACUGCUGUUGUUCAUGGUGGAUGUUCAUGGGUUUCAACUGUCUGACAGACAUCCCUUCCGAAGUGCCUUGGAAACCGUAAUGCUUCUAAAUCAGGAACUGGAGCUGUAUAAACCCGAGCUGACUAGUAAACCAGCCAUUCUAGCAUUGAAUAAGAUGGAUAUGGAUAAUGCAGAGGAGUAUAUGCAACAUACAAGACAGUGUAUUCAAGACAGAAACUUUGCCAGUAUUCCUGAAGAGUUGAGAGCAAAGUCUGCGAUUGCCUUCGAAGACAUCAUCCCUGUGUCUGCCAAGGAGGGCCUGGGCAUGGAUCUUCUGAAGCAAAGAAUACGAAUUGUCAUUGAUGAUUAUGAAGAGAAAUUGAAAGAACAAGACCAGAAAGAAAAGGCCGGACAUGGAUGAAAAGGAACAUUGCAAUUUACGUUCUGCUGCUAAUAAUAAUAAUAAUAAUAAUAAUUUGGGAGGCUAAUCAUCCUUACUCGCAGCUGGUAUGCUGAAUUGCGAAGGACGCGGCUACAACGUGGUUGG